GCACGGUUUGCCACGACUCCACGCUAACCCCACCCAGGGCUAGCGCAGGGGAUGGAUCGUUCUCCGGCUUUUUCAACUCUUUCCAUCCGUCGUCUUUCUUCUUCUCCUCAACUCCCCCAUCGUUUCUUUGUCCCUCGUUGACAACCACUUUCUUUCCUUACCUACCGAUCUUUUUUCACUCUUGAGUCAUCUUACACUCUUUUACCACUACACUACAUACUUUUUAUUAUUAUAUUUUGUUUUAUCUUUUUACUAUAUUCAGUCUUUCAACAUGCAGCUCCAGCACCUUCUCGCCUUCGCGCUUUCGCUCGCUACCUCUGAGGCCGUCUACCAGGGCUUCAACUAUGGCUCGACCUACACUGAUGGCACCAACAAGGUCCAGUCCGACUUCGAGGCGGAAUUCAAGACGGCCAAGAACCUCGCCGGCACCGACGGUGGCUUCACCAGCGCUCGUCUGUACACCAUGAUUCAAGGUGGUACGACCGACACCCCUAUCUCCGCCAUUCCCGCCGCCAUCGCCGAGAAGACUACUCUGCUGCUCGGUAUCUGGGCGUCAGGGGGUGACUUUGACAACGAGCUGGCGGCCCUCAAGUCGGCUAUCUCGGAGUACGGCGACGACCUGACCGAUCUGGUUGCCGGUAUCUCGGUUGGCAGCGAGGAUCUGUACCGGGACUCGACCACUGGUAUCGAGGCCGACGCCGGCGUCGGUGUCGGUCCCGACACCAUCGUCUCCUACAUCAAGCAGGUCCGUGAGGCCAUCUCGGGAACCACCCUGAGCGCCGUCCCCGUCGGCCACGUCGACACCUGGACCGCCUGGGUCAACGGCUCCAACUCCGAGGUUAUCGACAACUGCGACUGGCUUGGUGUCGACGCCUACCCUUUCUUCCAGAACACCGAGUCCAACGCCAUCUCCGACGCCAAGGCCCUCUUCCUCGAGGCCAUGGAGAAGACCAACGCCGUUGCCGACGGCAAGGAGGUCUGGGUCACCGAGACCGGCUGGCCCGUCAGCGGCGACACCGAGAACCUCGCCGUCGCCAGCACCGCCAACGCCAAGACCUACUGGGAUGAGGUCGGCUGCCCCCUGUUCGGCGUCACCAACACCUGGUGGUACAUCCUGCAGGACGCCUCCCCGACCACCCCCAACCCCAGCUUCGGCGUCGUCGGCAGCACCCUCUCUGACACCCCCCUCUACAACCUGACCUGCUCGGCCUCCAACUCCACCUCCUCCUCCUCCGCCAACUCCACCACCGCCUCCUCCUCCCGCUGGAUCACUGCCUCCGCCACCGCUUCCUCCAAGAUCGCCGGCGCCACCGGUGCCAACUACACCUACACCUCCGGUAGCGCCUCCGCCACCAAGGGCUCCGGCAGCUCCUCCGCCGGUGCCGCCAGCGCCUCCUCCACCAGCGUCGUGACUUCCACCAGCGGUGCCAACACCCUCUCUGGCUCCAUCUUCGGCGCCGUCAUCGCUGUCUUCGCCUUCGUGGUUGCUCUCUAAAUGAGUUUGUCCGUCGUAGAUUUGGCUUAGAGGAGUGUGUGUGUUUCCCCCCCCCCUUUUCACCUCGGGAUCCUUGCGUGACGCUGUACCUCGUUACUGGUGUUGUUGCCCUUUCUCU